CACCAGUGUCCCCCAUGACUUCGACGCCGUAAACCCGAACGCAGAAACUACACGCAUCGAGCCCGCCAAACACGACGAUUGCCCACUAUGAGCGGCCGACGGGAUUUCCUGUCGAUGCCCGCGCCCGAGAACUAUGUUGCAGGUCUCGGGCGUGGCGCAACGGGCUUCACAACGCGCAGUGAUCUAGGUCCCGCGCGUGAGGGACCUUCUGAGGAACAAAUGAAGGAAAUGCUUGCGAAACGCGCUGCGUCGUUAGGCCAGGCAGCCCCAUCAGCCUACGGCGUGGUCGAGAAGAAGCCCGAGGAAGACGAAGACGAGGAGCGCUUUCAGGAUCCCGAUAACGAAGUCGGCUUGUUUUCUAGUGGCAUGAACUACGAUAAGGAUGACGAUGAAGCAGACCGCAUAUACCAAGAUGUAGACGAGAAGAUGGACAAGCGGCGGCGUGUACGAAGGGAAGCCCGCGAAAAGAAAGAACGCGAAGAGUACGAGAGGAACAACCCGAAAAUCCAAUUACAAUUUGCCGACCUUAAACGAGCGCUCGGCAACGUGUCAGAGGAGGAGUGGGCGGCGUUGCCUGAGGUCGGAGACAUGACUGGCAAAGCGAAGCGUGCGCGAGAAGCGCGCAUGGCGAAUGCACGAUCGUACGCAGUGCCCGACAGCGUUAUCCAGGCUGCGCAUUCCGGAGGCGAGUUGCAGACAUCUAUAUCGACAGAUGAUGGUGGAGGUACAAUCACCAACUUUGCGUCCAUUGGUGCUGCACAAAAGUCGGCCCUGCAAGUACGACUCGACUCGGCAGCAAAUUCAGGUUCAAACGGAGCAGGUACACAAACGGCGACUACUUCUGGAACAGCGACAUCGGUCGACCCGCGUGGUUACAUCACAGCGUUGGAUAAGAAGCAAGCCAUGGGAGAGGAUGUGCCGGUGGAAGACAUCAAUCGCGCUCGUGUUCUCUUAGAGUCUGCCGUCAAGACGAACGUGCAUAACGGACCUGGUUAUGUCGCUCUCGCUCGUCUAGAAGAAGUCGCCGGCAAGAUCCACACGGCGAAGAAGAUCAUACAGAAGGGAUGUGACAUGUGCCCGAAGUCUAUUGUUGUUUGGGAAGAAGCCAUUCGCCUGAACAAGGAGAACAUACAUAAUGCAAAGAUUAUAGCUGCCUCGGGAAUCAAGCAGAACCCCAGAGCCAUCAAGCUCUGGAUAGCUGCAAUCGACCUGGAACAAACACCGGCUGCACGGAAAAAGGUCACUCGGCAAGCUUUGGAUCACAACCCGCAAUCCGUGGAGUUGUGGAAGAUCCUCAUCAACGAUACUGAAGACAUCGAGAGCGUCAAGCUUCUCUUCGCCAAGGCCACGGAUACUGUCAAACUGUCAGAAGAGCUAUGGGUUUCUUACGCUCGUGUUAGCGGACCAGAAGAGGCUCAACAGAUUUUGAACGCAGCUCGUAAAGCUAUCCCGACGAGUUGGGCUAUCUGGGUACAUGCUUGUCGUCUACAAGAAGAGCUUGGGAAGGUUAAUCUGUGCGACAAAAUCAUGGAACGUGCAGUCAAAGCACUUAUCAAGGAAAACGCUAUGCCGAGUAGGGAAGACUGGAUAACACAGGCCGAGAUCUGCGAAGAAGAGGGCGAUAUUGUCACGGCUGGUGCUAUCAUCAAAGCUACCAUUGGGUGGAAGCUGGAUGAAGAUGAUGACAGAAGGGACGUCUGGCUAGAGGAUGCAAAGAACUCACAAGCUCGAGGUCGAUACGAGGUUGCAAGGGCAAUUCUUGCCAACGCUGUGUCCAAAUUUCCAACCAGCACUACCGUAUGGCAUGCAUCUGCCGAUUUGGAAAAACAUCAUGGCUCUACAGAAGCUCUGCUACAGAUUCUUGAGCGUGCGGUAAACGCAUGUCCGACCUCGGAGUCUUUGUGGUUGUUGUACGCACGAGAGAUGUAUGCGUCGGGCGAUGGCGAGGGUGCCAGGAAAGUGCUCGGACGGAGUUUCGAACAACUUCCAGGAAACGAAAACCUUUAUACCCGUGCGGUUGAUUUUGAAGUCGACGACGAAAAUUACGAACAGGCUCGCAUCUUCCUGCAAAUUGCGCGACAAACGGCUGCCACGGACCGCAUCUUUAUGAAAGCUGCAGUCCUAGAGCGCCAGCUUGGUGCUUACGAAGACGCGCUGGAUAUUUGCAACCAAGGCCUACAAACAUGGCCCGGGUCCUGGAAGCUUCACGCAAUCAAAGGCCAGAUUUACGAGUCACUCUCCAAGCUUAAGGAAGCUCAAGAAGCGUACUCAAUUGGCACCCGGGCUGCCCCAAAGUCACCAAUCCUUUACGUUCUCCUCUCUCGCAUACAAGAAAAGCAAGGCGCCGUGGUAAAAGCACGUUCCACACUGGAUCGCGGUCGCCAACAGAAUCCCAAGAACGACACUCUCCUUGUCGAGGCUGUCCGCCUCGAGCGCCGGCAGAAUAAUGUACCCGCAGCCCAGAAAAUCAUGGCCGCCGCCCUGCAGGAGUGCCCAACAUCCGGCCUCCUGUGGGCUGAGAAGAUCAUGCACCUGGAGUCCCGCACGCAGCGCAAGCCGCGCGCCCUCGAGGCCAUCAAAAAGGUGGAGAAGGACCCCCAACUCUUCAUCGUCGUGGCCCGCAUUUUUUGGGCCGAGCGCCGCCUAGACAAGGCCGCGACGUGGUUCACGAAAGCGUUGGUGCUGGACCCGGACUUUGGUGAUGGUUGGGUGUGGUACUGGAAGUUCCUAGAGCAGCACGGGACCGAGGAGAAGAAGGCAGAGGUGAUUGAGCGCUGCAUCGCGAGCGAGCCUCGGCAUGGUGAGAUAUGGCAGAGUGUGAGGAAGGACCCGAGGAACUUUCGGAAAGGGGUGGGUGAGGUGCUCAAAAUUGCUGCGGCGAAGGCAGAGUAG